GGUGCCUAUGUCUGGCCGCCCUUGCAGCUGGCUCUUCCGAGUGACUCUCGCCGCUGCCGCCCUGCUGCGCCCGGAGCAGCGCGCCCGCCCUCUCGCCGCUCGGCCCGCGGCGCGCCCGCGCUCUCUCGUCCCGGACGCUCCCUAAACUCUGCUCCCUCCCGGAAGAGAAAACUGGCUUUUAUCCCAAAGCCUUUCCCAUCCAUCUGGGCCAGUGUGUUACGGGGUGCAGCCCACGUGCUUGCUCCUCGCACUCCGCUUCCAUCACUCCUUCUUGCGAGGCUUCCUGUGCCAGGUGACUGCCUGUUGGGUAGAAGUAGGAGCGAACAGGUUGGAGCCAGGAGUGCGUUCUCGAACCCUCUGCGGGGUCGGUGUUUAACCAGUGGAUGGAGGGCGUGCAGCUGUGCGCGUGGAGACAUCCGUCCGGAGCCCUUACCGCCAGCCCUGCGCUGAGUGAGAGGUUGAUAAGGACAAUCCUCAGUGCCUGGGUUUUAGCGCCUGCCAAGAAGUUUUCUUGGAGCCUUAAAAAUGGAGAUGACAGAAAUGACUGGUGUGUCACUGAAACGUGGAUCCCUUGCUGUGGAAGAUAAUGACAGUCUGACCCCAGCUGAGGAGGCAAAAAGACAGAAGGUCUCAGAAGGCUGGCUGACCAAAGGUCAGGAUGGGAUAGACAAUAACUCUCCACCCAGCUGUGAGAAUGCGCCUGGGCUACCUGAAGUUGUAAGUGCUGGAAAGAGGAAGAAACAUUUGGACGCCCCGUUGCAAGAAGAGGAAGAGGAGGAGGAAGAUGGCCUUUCAGAGGAGGGUGAGGAGGAAGGGGAAGCUGAGAGCUUUGCAGACAUGAUGAAGCAUGGACUCACUGAACUGGAUGUAGGCAUCACCAAGUUUGUAAGUUCUCAUCAAGGAUUCUCAGGAAUCUUAAAAGAAAGAUACUCUGACUUCGUUGUUCACGAAAUAGGAAAAGAUGGGCGCAUCAGCCAUUUGGAUGACUUGUCCAUCCCAGUGGAUGAGGAGGAUCCUUCAGAAGAUGUAUUUACAGUUUUGACAGCUGAAGAAAAGCAGCGUUUAGAAGAACUUCAGCUUUUUAAAAAUAAGGAAACCAGUGUUGCCAUUGAGGUUGUUGAGGACACCAAAGAGAAAAGAACUGUCAUCCAUCAAGCAAUUAAGUCUCUGUUUCCAGGAUUAGAGACAAAAACAGAGGAUAGAGAGGGGAAGAAAUAUAUUGUAGCCUACCAUGCAGCUGGGAGGAAGGCUCUGGCAAAUCCAAGAAAGCAUUCUUGGCCAAAAUCUAGGGGAAGCUACUGCCACUUUGUACUGUACAAGGAAAACAAAGACACCAUGGAUGCUAUUAAUGUCCUGUCCAAAUACUUAAGAGUCAAGCCAAACAUAUUCUCCUACAUGGGAACCAAAGAUAAAAGGGCCAUUACUGUCCAAGAGAUUGCUGUUCUCAAAAUAACUGCACAAAGACUUGCCCACUUGAACAAGUGCUUGAUGAACUUCAAGCUCGGGAAUUUCAGCUAUCAGAAAAACCCUCUGAAAUUGGGAGAGCUCCAAGGGAAUCACUUCACUGUUGUUCUCAGAAAUAUAACAGGAACUGAUGGCCAAGUAGAACAAGCCAUGAACUCUCUCAAAGAGAUUGGUUUUAUUAACUACUACGGAAUGCAGAGAUUUGGAACUACAGCCGUCCCCACAUACCAAGUUGGAAGAGCUAUACUACAAAAUUCUUGGGCUGAAGUCAUGGAUUUAAUAUUGAAACCCCGUUCUGGAGCCGAAAAGGGGUACCUGGUUAAAUGCAGGGAAGAGUGGGCGAAGACCAAAGACCCAGCUGCUGCCCUCAGAAAGCUACCUGUCAAAAGGUGUGUGGAAGGGCAGCUGCUUCGAGGACUUUCAAAAUAUGGAAUGAAGAAUAUAGUCUCUGCAUUCGGCAUAAUACCUAGAAAUAAUCGCUUAAUGUAUAUUCAUAGCUAUCAAAGCUAUGUGUGGAAUAACAUGGUGAGCAAGAGGAUAGAAGAGUAUGGACUGACGCCUGUUCCAGGGGACCUAGUUCUCAAAGGAGCCACAGCCACCUACAUUGAGGAAGAAGAUGUUAAUAAUUACUCCAUCCAUGAUGUGGUAAUGCCCUUGCCUGGUUUUGAUGUUAUCUACCCAAAGCAUAAAAUUAGUGACGCCUACAGGGAAAUGCUCACAGCAGAUAAUCUUGAUAUCGACAACAUGAGACACAAAAUUCGAGAUUAUUCCUUAUCAGGGGCCUACCGAAAGAUCAUUAUUCGUCCUCAGAACGUCAGCUGGGAAGUUGUUGCAUAUGAUGACCCUAAAAUUCCACUCUUCAACACAGAUGUGGACAAUCUAGAAGGGAAACCACCACCAGUUUUUGCUUCUGAAGGCAAAUACAGAGCUCUGAAGAUGGAUUUUUCUCUUCCUCCUUCUACCUACGCUACCAUGGCCAUUCGUGAAGUGCUAAAAAUGGAUACCAGCAUCAAGAACCAGACCCAGCUGAAUACCACCUGGCUCCGCUGAGCCCUUUGUCCCCAGAUUAGGAAAUGCAGACAAGUGUUUGCUGGCCUCCUGUUCAUCUUUCUCUUAGUACAGACCUAUAUGGAUUUUGGAUCUUUGUAGUAAAAGAUUGUUUGUAUUUUUUCAAGUUUUUAUUAGCUUAAUUUGCAAUAUUUAUACACCUAUACAAAUCCUGAGGAUCCUAAUUCUAGCUUAGAGAAUAUAAAUUGGUUACAGUGUAUUUCAGGUGCUGAAGUCAUAGUAAAAUGUCAGCUUUACUGGCUUUAUAAUAAUGAAAAAGGACUUUAGUUUAAAGUGGCAGUUUUAGCUUUUGCUACUUUUUUUUUUUUUUAAUCAUCACCCAAAGAAUAUAUUUUAAUGAUUUUUAUAGAGAGAGUGGAAGGAAGACAGAGAGAAAAACAUCAAUUGGGUGCCUUCCCAUGUUCACCUCGACCAGGGAUCAAACCCAAAACCCAGGUAUGUGCCCAGACCGGAAAUCGAAUCCAUGACCUUUUGGUGCACUGGACAACACUCCAAACAACUGAGCCACACCGGCCAGGGCAGGUUUUGCUACAUUCUUGGACAACGGGAAUUUUUAACAUCUAUGAAAUGAGUACACAAUAAUGCAUUUUUUUUUAAAAUAUAUUUUAUUGAUUUUUUACAGAGAGGAAGGGAGAGAGAUAGAGAGCCAGAAACAUCGAUGAGAGAGAAACACCGAUCAGCUGCCUCCUGCACAUCUCCUGGGGAUGUGCCCGCAACCCAGGCACACGCCCCUGACCAGAAUCGAACCCGGGACCCUUCAGUCCGCAGGCCGACGCUCUAUCCACUGAGCCAAACCGGUUUCGGCCACAAUAAUGCCUUUUUAAGAGAAAAUGCAACAAAACAGAUCUUGAUGGGUAAAUAAUUUACAGCACCCCCUGACCUAUGAAUAUAAACAUAGCACUUAAGCUUAUUUAAAUGAUGAAACAUCUGUGCAUUUAUGAACACAAAAGUGAUUGCCAUUAUCUAGCUUAAGUACAGGUUCAGGUAAUUGUUUAUAGAGUUUUUAGUUACAAUGGCUUUUGCAUUUAUAUUAUCACUGUCUUGCAGAAGAGUUGCAUUCAUAGGGCCUUUUUUCUUAAUGUAAACAUGUGUACCUAUUUUUAUUAGUCAAGGUCUAAAUUUUACUCUAGGUGCCUUUUAUGUUCAGAACUCUUUCCGCUGGACUAGUAUUUGCCCAAAAAUAAAUGAUAGCAGAAAAGAAAACUUUAAAAAUUCACAAGGGCUCCUCUUAGCAGCAUUAAUCUUUGUCACUGACUGCCUAGGUAUUUCCAUUUCUGGCAUUGCAUAAAACUCCUGUCUGGUGUGAAAAGAUAAAUAUGCUUUCUAAGGAUCUGUGACAUGAUUGUACUAGUUUUUAUUUUCUAUAAUUUCUAGAACCAAAUAUAAUAAAUAUUUUUAAAAACUCC